AUGCAAUUGGCGGUCGAAAGUUUUGAUAAGAGUAGGACGUACUUCACUUCUGGUUAUAGAAAAGGAUCCCAGUGGCUAUGGGAUGAUGGAAAUCCAAUCGAAGUCGGUUUUCUAUGUUUUUAUGUAAAGGAAGGUUUAGGUAUUCAUAGCGCCUCUGAGGAAUCUCUUCUUAUCUUUGACGUCAUCGGUGAGGGGAGGUGUUUGGCCAUUAGAAAUGGUGCGUUUCAAGCGGUUGACUGCGACUCUCCUGGUACGGCUCUGUGUGAAGUGGCAAGAGAAUGUGUCUAUCACAGCGAAUACAACGGAAAGAUGAACAAUAGUCAAAGCGGCUUCCCAUGUAUGAAGUGGAACGAUCCCGCUGUACUUUUCUAUGACCUAGUUACAGUUGGACAAACUGGUUGGGACCACAACUUCUGUCGAAUAAUUAAUGAAGAAGAGACUCCCACUUGCUUCGUUUCGCCGACGGUGCGUCAAGCAUGCGAAAUUCCCCAGUGUCCGGACUCGCCUGGGAAUUUUGAACUCAAAGCCGAUUUAUCCUCACCGGAGUGUGGUGCUGGGUUCUUUCCCUGCCAUGACUCAGGCAGAUGUUUGGCGAAUGAUUUUCGUUGCGACUAUGAACCUGACUGUGACGAUGCCAGUGACGAAGUGGAUUGCGAAGAUUUUCUGAGCUAUUUCGAAUUGAUUGGCACGUUGAAGCUGGCCGAUAAAAUCACCGAAAUUUGGACGUACAUUCCGCAUGCACAAGGGGUGAGCUCAUUAUUCCUAACGUUUUGA